GAUACCAGCGAUAUUUGGGCGACUGCGAGCAGAGGGCAGCAGAUGGCCAAAGAGAGAUUACUUUCGAUGAAUGGGCCAAGCAGUACGAAUGGCGUUAUGAUGCCGACGAGCGGUUCAAGGCAAGACAGAUGUAUCCGGAAUAUUUUAAUCACGCCGGACCAGCUCCGCUCCCUGUGGAGGAUUGGGAGGUGGAUUACCUAACACACAAGGAGAUCCAGAAGAUCAUGUAUCGGCGCCAGACCGAGGCAAUGGGUGCACGCCGACGGGAGAAGGAAGCCAAAUUACUGCAGAAACCUGCAGAGGACUCAUCCAAUACCAAACUGCAUGUGGACAAAGAGGAUGAGCCGAUUCUUCGGGAUGCUGUCAUCAAGAAAGGCUACAACUAUUGGUGGUGA